UCUGUUGUUGACAUGUAGAGGAUGAAGCCGAGCUGCAGCUGCGGCUGAUAAAGAGCUGAUAUAAAUAAAAUAAAGAAGAUUUUUUUAGUUUAAUUUAAACAUUUUAACGGAGGAUCAAACCGAGGACACAGUCCCGCCUCACGGUGGGUAGCGGAGGCUGACAUGCUGUGUUGGGGAAACACCUCGUAUGGUCAGCUCGGUUUGGGUGGCAUCGAUGAGGAGAUCGUCGUUGAGCCUCGAAGGUGUGAAUUCUUCCACGGAAAGUGUGUACGUAAUGUUGGAUGUGGCCACAGGCACACGGCUUUCCUGCUGGAGGAUGGGACCGUUUACACGUGUGGCUGUAAUGACCUUGGACAGCUAGGACAUGACAAGACCAGGAAGAAACCAGAACAGGUGGUGGCUCUCGACGCUCAGAUCAUUGUGGCGGUGGCGUGUGGGCAGUCGCACACGCUGGCUGUGAAUGAUAAAGGUCAGAUGUUUUCGUGGGGUCAAGGGUCAGAUGGACAGCUGGGCCUUAAUAACUUUGAUGAAUGUGUUCGUGUGCCUCGGAAUAUUAAAAGUCUGUCUGACGUUCCGAUUGCUCAGGUAGCCUGUGGGUUCUGGCAUUCUCUCGCUCUGUCAAGAGGUGGUCAGCUCUUCUCAUGGGGACAGAAUCGAUUUGGACAGCUCGGUUUAGGAAUCAGUGGACAGAAUAUUUUUACUCCUCAGAUCAUUCAGUCUCUGCAUGGCAUUCCCUUUUCUCAGAUAGCAGCAGGGGGCGCUCACAGCUUCGCUCUCACGCUGUCGGGCGCCGUGUUUGGGUGGGGGCGAAAUAAGUUUGGUCAGCUGGGCCUCAAUGACACUAACGAUCGCUGUUUUCCUACGUUGCUAAAGUCGUUGCGGUCUCAGAAAGUGAUUUUCAUCUCAUGUGGCGAGGAUCACACCGCGGCGCUCACUAAGGAAGGAGGCGUGUUCACAUUUGGAGCAGGAGGAUAUGGACAGCUUGGACACAACGCCACCAACCAUGAGAUCAACCCCAGGAAGGUGUUCGAGCUCAUGGGGAAUGUAGUCACACAGGUGGCAUGUGGAAGGCAGCACACGUUGUGUUUCACGCCGUCCUUGGGAAAAAUGGACUCAUUUGGACUCGGGGGGAACGGGCAGCUCGGCACUCGCUCCACCUGCAACAGGAAGAGCCCUGCCCCUGUCAAAGGGCUGUGGGCCUCCUCGCCUACUGUCAUAAACCCAGACUCCGAGGCAGGCUGCUAUGUGAAAACCAUUUAUGCUGGAGGAGACCAAAGCUUUGCUCACUAUCGCACCACCAAUAACUUUAAUAGUGUUACGAUGAGCGACCCGAACAGGACGAUCUGCUGUCUAAACGAAGAAAUCAUUCAUAGAUGGUUAAACUGUUCAUCAGGAAGACUGCCUGCAGAAGUGUCCAAUGAGAUUGACCUCGUGUUCUCAUCAGCGAGCUGCCUGAAUGGAUCUUUUCUAUCAAUGAGUCAUCCCGAUCACUUCAGUACGAGCAGUAAAUGUCCAGGUGUGGACAUGAACGCCGCUCGACUCCUCUUUCACAGAUUGAUCACAGAUGAUCACCCCGAGAUCAAUCAGCAGAUCGCUGCCAGUUUGGAGAAAAACCUGAUUCCCAGAUUGAGCUGUUCUCCUCCUGACAUCGAAGCUUUGAGACUCUUCCUCACACUGCCUGAGUGUCCUCUGUUCAGUAACCGAAACAACUACGUCACCAUCACCAUCCCCUUUGCCAAAUCCCUGCUGAGCCUCAAGGAGGCGCCGCUAAAAGUGCUUGGUCACUGGUGGUCCACGCUCGAUCCCCCCGUCUUCCAGCGGUUGGUCGAACUUUAUAAAGAGGUCGUGGUUUUUCUGCUUCAGAUGCACAAAGUGGGGAUUCCUUCAGCUGAGCAGAGAAUCUUCAGCUGUUUCCUCGACACGUCGCUACGUCUCCUAGAGAUUCUGCAUACUGUGAACGAGCGAGCCAGUCACAUCAUCCAGUACGACAAGUUUUACAUCCACGAGCUGGACGAGCUGAUCGACAUCAGAAACGACUACGUCACCUGGGUUCAGAGGCAGAUGUAUCCCAUGGGUCAGGACACCAUGGUGACCCUCUGCAGGUUUCCGUUUGUGUUUGAUGCUCCUGCAAAGACAACGCUGCUCCAGACGGACGCCGUCAUUCAGAUGCAGAUGGCGGUGGAUCAGGCUCAGAUGCAGAACUUCAGCUCAAUGUUCCUGCCAGCCGUGGAGUCGGUGAAUCCGUGUCUGAUCCUGAUCGUCCGCAGGGAAAACAUCGUUGGAGACACCAUGGAGGUCCUCCGGAAGUCUAAAAACGUGGACUACAAAAAACCACUAAAGGUGAUCUUCGUGGGAGAGGAGGCGGUGGAUGCUGGUGGCGUUAGGAAGGAGUUUUUUCUGCUGAUUAUGAAGGAGCUCUUGGAUCCUAAAUAUGGAAUGUUCCGUUACUAUGACGACUCUAGGCUCAUCUGGUUCUCAAACAAGACCUUCGAGGACAUCGACCUGUUCCAUCUGAUCGGGGUCAUCUGUGGUCUGGCCAUCUAUAACCUCACCAUCGUGGAGCUGAACUUUCCUUUGGCUCUCUAUAAGAAGCUGCUGAAGAGGAACGCCACGCUGGAUGACCUGAAGGAGCUAAUGCCUGAUGUGGGGAGGAGUCUGCAGCAGUUACUGGAUUACACUGAAGAUGACAUGGAGGAAACUUUCUGCCUUAACUUCACAGUCACAGAGGAAAACUACGGAGCGACGGAGGUGUGUGAACUCGUUCCAAACGGUGAAAACAUCAACGUGAAUAAAUCCAACAGGCAGGACUUUGUGAAUGCAUAUGUCGACUACGUGUUCAACACGUCAGUGGCUCCACUCUUUGAAUGUUUCUACGCCGGCUUUCAUAAAGUGUGUGGAGGGAAAGUUCUGGAGCUUUUCCAGCCUAAUGAGCUUCAGGCAAUGGUGAUCGGAAACACGAACUACGACUGGACAGAGCUGCAGAAGAGCACCGAAUACAAAGGAGAGUACUGGACCGACCACCCCACCAUCAAAAUCUUCUGGGAGGUUUUUCAUCAACUUCCUGUAGAGCAGAAGAAACAGUUUCUGUUGUUCCUCACAGGAAGUGACCGGAUUCCCAUCCUGGGCAUGAAGAGUCUGAAGCUGGUGAUCCAGCCCACUGGAGGAGGAGAACAUUACUUACCUGUGGCUCACACCUGCUUCAACCUGCUUGACCUGCCAAAGUACACAAGCGCCGAAACACUGAGAACAAAACUUUUACAGGCAAUCGACCACAACCAGGGCUUCAAUCUGGCCUGAAAAUGUAAAUGUUUGAAGCCACAACACUCCAAAGGUUUGGUGUGAGAAUCAAAGAUGAGGAGAGGACAGGAUGAAGAGGAAGACAGUGAGGUGAGAGGAGGCAAACAAAGCGAAGACCCCAUGCUAAUAACGGCGGGUUUAAGAGGAAGUGUCUGAUUGAUUUUCAAACUGUUCUGAAGGCGAGGCAGUAUUUCAAACUUAUUGAUGACUGUUGUGACCUGAUUUUCUUCAUUAAAGUUUGAAUGAAAACAGCAACAUAAACAUGCGUUACCAUGGUUACAUACAUCUUUACUACAUUUGAUAUUCUGUUCAUGUCACAAUAAGAGCUUUCUGUCUGAUCUGUGUCAUGAUUAAAAAACAUUUAAAUUUAAAUUCUUCAUCAGAAAGAGUUAAAACUGAUUAAAAAGGCCAGUGAGAGAAAUAUCACUUAACCAUAGACCAAGUUUUACAACUUCUUCGUUUCACUCGAUUUCAUGUUUUCAUCAUUUUCACUUUUGAAAUUCAUCUUCAUUUGACAUUUAUUUCACAUGAGUUCUUUUGUAAGUUUGAUCUUCUCCACUGUAAGCCUUAAAAAAUAAAGAAAGAAAAAAAGAU